UCACAAUAGAUGAUUGAGUUGUACAGUUUAAGACAAGAGAUGAGUUCCCCACAGUUUAGCUACACAGUCAAGUGUUGUAAUCAGAGAGACUCCUCCAUCAGUGGAGGGAUGCCAGAACAACCAUUCCAUGCCACCUGUCUCUGGGAGAGGAUUGUGGCUCAUCUAGAGAGGACAGUUAAGACUGGUAGACACAUUAUUGCUCUGCGUUCUCAUGAGAACUGCUUCCAUGGCUCCAAGGCUGUUGACUGCCUUGUGCCGUAUCUCAACACCAUCCUCCCCAAGCCCGUCAAGAGAGCUCAAGUCCUGGUACUCUGUACUAAGCUGUUUGAAACUGGUGUCAUCGCGUCAGUCAAAGAGAAACCAGAGUUUCGAGAGAAGGGGCUCUAUCGAUUUACCCACAGCCACUUCUGGACCACCCCUCCAACCAGCUCUGAUUCUGAUGAACUAGUACCUUCUAAACAGACUGGCCUCCCCGCUAGCCGCAGCAUGGAGUGUAUACAGCCUCCAUCACCUGAACACACUCUCAAGGGCUAUGUCAGUGACUCCACUGUUACCCUCACUCAUACACGCAAGAAAAAGACACGGAAGAUCUCUCAUAACAGCUCUGACAAUCGAAGGAGACUAACUGAUAUUACACUAUUCACCAAACAUAAGCUCCAGUCCAUUGCCAAACGCCUACACCCUGAUUGCAGUACGGCUAUUGCUCCUGUUGGCAAGCCAGCUAAGAGUGAUCCAUAUCUCAGACCAUACAAGUCUACAACUCGACACAAGCAGCAAAGACGAUCUCAACAACUGAGGGAUAAGGAGAAUCAUUGCAGUACUGUACAGGGAAAGGAGAGAAGAUGGUCUAAACUGAGGCAGUCUAAGGAUUGGCACCACCUGGCUGAGGUACCCUCUGUCCUCAACAGCAGAGCCAUGAACAGAUCUCACUCAUUCUCCAGUUGUGGGGAGCUGCUAGCGUUGGCUCAAGAAAAACCAGUACGUCACAGUGGCAAGUGGACUGCCUAUGGUUUCAUCUGACUCAUCUGUGUACAUGUUUUAUAUCAUUAUUUUUGUACUUUAGUUUGUUUCCAAAAAUAAUUGUUAUGUGA